AUGGAACAGAACACACAAGUGAACCCAGGUGCGACUCUCAUAUACUGAGUCAAAUUGCUGCAACUUUACUGACCCGUUAAACUCAAGGCACCCUUUUUAAAUUCAAGGCGACUCUGACCACUUUCAAUGGACACUGUCCACUGAGCAGUGUUGUGAUGUACGAGUUCAAUCAUAACUGAUCAAGAUAUCUUUAAAACAUGCCGUUUUCAGAUAAUCCUCCACCCUACACACCACAGGCUCCUGUUACGGCUCAACCAGCCUACCAACCUCAACUCAGUGGUGCUGCUCAGCCCGGUUACCCAGCACAGUCAGGUUACCCAGGACAGCCUGGUUACCCAGCACAGCCUGGCUUUCCAGCACAGCCUGGUUACCCAGCACAGCCUGGGCAGCAGCCUCAGCCUGGGUAUUCUCCUCAAUAUGGUUACCCGCAAACGCAGCAGCCAGGCUAUCCUCCACAGCCCACCCAACAUGUCCAACAAAGUACCACAGUGGUCAACAUGCAAGCACCUGUAAGUUUCUUAUCGGCUUUUUAUAACAGAACUGAAACUCCUCCUCGACAAGAUAACUUUGGUUUUAUUAAUUUUGGUUUUACCAUUCGCUCCAACGUCAGCUUUGAAACUCUUUACAGAGGCCAAUUUACGUUAUCAACUUCGUCGACAUAACCAACAUUAUCUUGCUAUACUUCCCCGCUGACGCAGCACCACAGUUUCUCUAGAAACUUACCCCCUUUAUCCUCCUCGACCAGCUAGCCAUGAAAACUUGAAAAAUCCAGAGGAAAUGGGGAUUUUACUCGCGUACCAUACAUCUAUCAAGGAAAGGCUAUAUGUUAUUGAUUUUGCGCGUGAAAAAUCUACGCUCAAGUUGAAGGAUACCAUUAGAUUUGGCAAUUGAUAAUGAUAAACCAAUAAGGCCCAAGAGUGGCUAAGUAUAAAGAGGACAAAUAGGACUCCAAUAGUCAACUUGAAAACUUUAAGCUCAAACCCCUUGUGUACCUUAAACAUUUUUAAACAAAAUGGCGACUGCAACCUUCUCACUACCGCCCUCAUAUAAGAGCGCGGAUCUCCCUGAUUAGCAAUAGAGCCAAACUACCAUAAAUUGACAUUAUUUAAUCGGAAAUUCGCAAUGGUUAAACGUGAAACUCGCGUUUAGUGCAUCCGACUAUUCGGAAUUUGCAUGUAACAUGGAUGUUUCGGAACGCGAGGAGUUUGAUAUAUCUGGAACCUGUACGUUGUCAUUUUCACAAAGGAAUCCAAAUAUACUUCGUUUUUGGGUUUUAUAUCACUAGUUUUAGCUCACUAGUUAGAAUUUCUCUUUUUCUGACCUUAUGUAAGGCUCCAAUUAUGACAUCAUAGUUUCGAGCCCUUACACCUCUCCUAAAGAAUCACGACCAAAAUCGGAAAUAUCUUUAAAUAGGAUACCCUGGACGGGUAAAAACACAGUUCUCUUUCUAUACAUGCAUUGCGAGCUUUCUUGUCAUUUCAAAAAGUUUUUUGAUUUUCUCUUUUGUUCUCUUUGGAAGGCUCCGACGAUCAUCAUGCCUAUGGCUUUUCCUCCUCCCAAUUGGUUGGCCCUGUCCAUAUUCACAUGCCUUUUUUGCUUCCCAAUUCUUGGAAUAGCUGCAAUCAUUUUCUCCAUUAUGGUAAGUGUAUCUUUCAUGAUAAAAUAUCCUGAAAUAGGUAGCCUCAACUGGGUUGUCUAUCAUUUAAGAAAAUCUCCAAAACUAAAUUAUUUUCCUACCGUGAAUGGCUCCUUAUAAUUUCAUUAUUCAGUCUAGUUUAAAAAUGUGCAGUACUAAGAGUCCUGUAGCUGCUGUUAUGUUCCUAUUUCAAAAAGAAAAUCUAUUUCAUGAAUCUUCCUUUAACUCAUUGAUGUACUAGCCAUUCGUUUCAGCUGGCGAAGUAAUGUAUGAAAGACAGCCUCCAAAGAAUGAUCGUCUAUUUAGCUGUAUAUAUCCUCAGCAAAUUCUAAUUAUUUUCGUUUGGUGCAAUUCUAUUUCAAAACCCGAAAUUACCUUCUUCGACAUUGUAUUUGAACAGUUUCUAAACAAUACUAAUACUAACAACAAUUGGGAGUGAACAUUUUAGUACUUUAUCUAAAAUUUUAUUGUUAAUACUCUUACCGAUCAUUCAACUGCUGUCUAUUCAGGUGGACAGUUCAUAUGCAGCAAGAGACUACGACGGCGCUUGGAGGAAUUCACAAAUCGCCAAGUGGCUGAAUAUUAUCUCUAUCGCCAUGGGAUGCUUCACGUUCGUGCUUCUUAUAAUCUUAAUGGCGGCUUAGUAAAAAAUAAAACUAAACAAACAAACAAAACCAUCAAUCUCCCGCUUUUUAUCAGUGCAAUUAGAGUGAGCUUUCUCGAGUACUUUUGCUCCAAUAUUUAGUCAACCAAAACGCUGCUUCUGUAAGUUAAAACAUUAAAACGAGUUUUACACACCCAUUGUUUGCGGUGUCUUAAUAGAAAGAUUGAAAACGUACAAACUUGUCGAAGAUCAGUAUAAAGCAUGCAGGGAUGUGUUUAACAAAACUCAUUAAAAUUUGGUCAUAAUGAUAAUCGGAAUUAAAAUAGAAAUGAUAAAUAAAUUUCUCACGCAGAGUUGUUUCCAACAGAAACUCUCCACAGAGGCUGAUUUAUUUUACAUUAUUGUCUCGGUCCCUCAACAAUUGUAUGCUCUUAAAUCUUACCUCCCUCGGUUAGUAUCAUGCAAAUUAGAAGUCGGUACGACCAUUUUUUAUGAUAAAGGCUAAGUGCAAAUGAUGCCAAGGUUAGCAGAUGCUGAUAAAGUCUGAUAUGUAUUUUGGAGUCAGAUCAUUACUUCUCAAGCCUAAAAGGGAAAACGAGCAAGGAAAGAAACGCUACAAUUAUAAUAUGUGAACAGUCUUCUCCCAAAUCUUGAAAUAAUAAGAGAUACUGAGUUCUUGUGCUCUACGGCUGGCAUAGUCAGCAAAUAUUUCUUAAAAUAGUAUAAAUAGGCCUGCAUUUCAACCACGUUGAGCUCAUAUUUCACAUUGCAUUACAAACGGUCAGGAACAAGCAAACCUUGCCUAAUGGAUUUAUUCAAGAAAAUAAUCGCCAAGAAUUGCUUUUGUCCAAUUUUAUCUAAAAUAGAUUUAACAAACGUUCUGAUCCCGAAAACAUAUUGUAAAAUUUAUUUCUUAGAAUGCAAUGCAUUAUCUUCAUUGACUUUGAAAAUUUUAUGUUGAUAUAUCCCACUUUGUAAUGGUUGGCUGGAAAUACCAAAACGUGGGUCAGAGUGUCGCCAUUAUAAAGAAGUUCGCUUCCGAAGUCAAGUACUAUGUAACUAUGUAAAACAUUUUAAAUAUCGCUACUAACCGCUUUUUGAGAUUCCAGAGUGUAACUGAGUUGUUCAAAAAUUGUCGUCAAAUGUGGUUCAAGUUUGGGCGCCGCCAUUUUUAAAACGCUCAAUAACCAAACAGCACUUCCACGGAAUGGUGGGAAUUGAAACGUACGGCUUUAAGACGGCUGCUGUUUAGGUUCUCUCAAAAAAUAAAUAAAUAAAUAAAUAAAAAAAAAAGAAAAGAAAAUACAAAGGACAAAAAAAGGAGGAAACAAAAACAAAACCCAGAAAAAAUAUUUGCGUCAAGAAUGCCCUAAGAAAGUGAAGAGAACAAACUUCCCUAUCUACUCAUCUCACGUUUUUCACUUUAUAUAUUGCUUUCGAAAACUCGCAUCUUUCUUGGAUCUUAUCCCCGAUGGGUGAGGAGGAAUCUGGUCGUUUCGAACCCAGUCAUACAGUUCCUCAAUUCAGUCGUUUCGCGCUCAAGUUUCGUACUCAAUUUUGAGUUUGUUCGUACCCAAAUCGAUGAUCAAUUCUUACGAAUUACGGUCAGAUCGCACCAUGGUUAGAUCGCUCUUUUUCAAUACACUUCAGACUAUAAAGUUAUAAUUUAUUCCACGAUCAUUAAUUUUAUCAUCGCUAUACAUCAUACAUCGGUAGCUCGGUGGCUGAUCUGAAGGACAGAGUGAAUACGAUGUACUCGAAUCGUCGCAAGACACAUUAUCACCUAUAUACUUUCAGUGAAUAUUAAUGUCUAUUAAUAUGAAUCUAGGCAUCGAUAACUGGGUGGCUUGGUUUAGUGUAUUCGUCCAAUAUAUUUUAUGUAAUAGUCUAGAGUGUUAUUUAUUCGUAGGAUAUAUACAUUUGAUGAACUGUUUGGUCCCAAAACAGGUCUCUGUCUGUUGUGAUGUUUAGUGAUCAUUGGUAAGUAAUACUUCACAUUACUACAUGGAGCGAAGUAACUUAUGUUGGGAGCGAAGUCACUCAUUUGAUGGAGCGAUCUACGUUUUGGUUGGAGCGAUCUAACUGGGAGCGAUCUAACCACGGUGCGAUCUAACCGGAUACCAUUCUUACCCGUCCCAAUUUUUACCUUUUCGACCUUUUUUUGUUAAAACGACUUUUAAGUUGUUUUAAUUAAAAUGAUUAAAAUUGUUUAUAUUUUUAAUUGACAGGUCUAUUGUUUAUACAUGUGCCUUUUUCUCAUAGUAACAGCUCGUUUAAGUGAGGUAUUUUUUCUCCCAUUUAUAUCAACGAUAAUAAAUUCGUUUAUUCUAACAAAGGAAAUAAAUAAACGCCAAACAACAUUAGCAUUAACCAAUGGGAAACGUUUAACAACGAGCAGUUAAAGAAAGGCACAAACUUUUAACACAGGACAGCUCUCUGAAAUUUUAAAUCGAAAUGAUUUUGGGAUACCUCACCUUUUCAAUAAAAAGAUCAGGACAGUUCAAAUACCAGUUUCAAUUAGAAUAUAGGCCUAGUUAAAUCGAUAAAAGUCCUCUUUUUCAUUCUGACGCGCAACAUAUCAAGCAAAAGCUAUCAAUCUACGAUGCUCCUUAGCCAGUCUUAAAAAUUGUUUAAAGUCCGCACGUAAUUUCUUAACCAUUCUCCUCGCAAAGUGACAAUGAGCUGUCUGCCUAGCCCUCUGUUCACCUUAUGUUCACGGUUAACAGAGAAUUUAUUCGGUACUUAUCCGUGAUCGGAUACUUUUUCAUUCUGACGCCCAACAUAUCAAGCAAAAGCCAUCAAUUUACAGAGCUCCUUAGCCAGUCCUAAAAACUGUUCAAAGUCCGCACGUAAUUUCUUCACCAUUCUCCUCGCAAAGUGACAGUGAGCUGUCUGCCCAGUCCUCUGUUUACCUUUAGUUCGAGGUUAACAAAGGAUGGAUUGGUUACUUAUCCGUGAUCGAGUACUUCCGUGUAGCUAAGGCGUUGUCGUGGUAUUUGAGUUAGCCUUGAUUCACUCCGCUGGGGUUUCACUUCGGUUUUGCACAACCUCUCCGCAACAAACAUUAACUUCACCACCAAAAGGUAAGAGUUACUGCUUCUAUUGAGUCUUGAAAUUAAGGCUUUCGGUGUAAAAGUGGCUUCAUGGGAAUUUAGCGAAGUAAGAGCAGACUAAAUCCAAACGCAUCUUAUUCGCCUGACUCACGCAUGCCUCUAUCGAAGCUUGAAAAUCUACCGAAAGAGUGACUUAUGGAGAGAAACCGUCACGUAUGUAGUUUUGAGUGAGGAUAAGGUAAGCAUUCACCAUAGAUAUCAAAUUCUUGGAAAUUUUAAUCAAAUUGGGUUGCCGUAAAACUGAAUCGUUUGAAAGAUAACUGCGUGCCUAAUAGAUUGAAAGAGCCGCUAAUUUCGUUAAAAGUAAAAAACGUUUUAGAUCAGAUCGGCAAUAAGAGACAAAUUAGUCGUAUAACUUGCUUCGAAUGCAGAUAACUGCGCUCGUCUUGAAAUUUGCGUUCAUCGCUUGCAAUAUUGAUUGAGUCGUCUUUGUCUAUAUUGCUUAUUAGAGAUAUUUCCCGUUUUGAGGCCAGUCGAACUCUUUAGUUCUGCGGUUUUUGCUUCCAGAUUUCGAGUAGAAUUCUUAAAGCGCAUUCAUCGAUACAUUACGAAAUAUUAUUAUCAACAUAUAUAUAUAUAUAUUUCACUCUGAUUGCAACCUGUCAAGCGCCGUCGAAUAAUUAUCGAAAGUGAUAGUGAUUAGAACUGAGUUUCCGUUAACUUUGUGAUGAUUCUGUUACCAGCAUGGACAUUUUUAAGGUUAACUUUGUGAUAUGCCUAUUAUUUAUAGACGAUUUUGAGCAUUUUUUCGGUAAUUUUCAAUAAGUUCACUGGACUGAGUUGAUUCUUUAAUAGCUUGUUCAAUCAACACUUACAUGAUGAUUUGAAGUGACUUUGAAUUCGUCAUUCACUUAGCUUGUAUUAUUAAAACUCGCAUUCUUGAUAUCAUUUGGCCUUGUUUAUUGAUAGUAAUGAUAAUGACAUGACUUUUUUCGGGAAUAUUGUUUAUUUGCGCCCUUGUAGUGUCAUUUGCGGCCCGAGCGCGAAUAUUCCCUCAAAAAGUCAUGUUAUUCCCUUAUUAACGGCGUAGAUUGAUGAGGUUAUUGUUGAUGUAAAAAAACGCUGUUACAACUGCAACGGAAAAAGAAAAAAAGUACCAUCAAUAUGUUCUCCAAGUUUAAAAAGGAUCGCAUUAGAUGGGUAUUAUUGAAGUAAAUAUUACUAGUCGUCUAAUUUGCCUAAAACUAUUUCUGGAUCCUUGUCUUUCUUGUUGCGUUUUUCUCAGAAUUUACGUGCGUAGGUGAACGUUCCUUUUGUCUCUAGGAGACAACAGUUUCGAACCUUUGAACUCCUGGCGAGAUAACAAAACUCUCAUUGUUCGGUGGUAUUUGAAUUUCUCUUUCUAGGAGAGUUCUUAACGCCCCAAUUAUUUAUUAACUACGCAGUAUCGGAUGAAGAUUGGUAACGUCGUUUCUGUUGUAGUUCGCGAUCGAGUCGUUUCAAUCUCAGGCAGCUUGUUCCGUAAUGGGAAAAUGCUACUGUAUUUGUGCUUAGAAUUAAUAAAAGGGUCGCUUUAGAUGGACAGCAACGAAGUAAAUUAUUCAGAGACCUUGCUUGAAAAAUGCAAAGAAUUUUAAUAACGAUCUUCCAUUGAAGUAUUUCUCGCUACUCUCUUCACUAAAUUUGCUUACCCUAUGUUCAGCGCAAAGUUUUCUUACUCAGAUAGGACAUCCGAACCUUUCCACUCUCGUUUUAUGGGUCAGAAAUCUUUUAUUUUCUGGUAGCUUUCUCUAUCUUUGAAGAAGAGUCGUUCAGGCAUACUAAUUAAUAAAUUAACUAAAGGUGUGUGUUGCAAGAUUUAGCUUGGUAAAGUUGUUCCUGAUAUUGUUCGUGUCGUUUCAGUCGUUUAAACAAACAUGCAGUACAGUCGAACCUCGAUUAUUCGGACUCGUUGGGACUAAAUGAAAUAGUCCAGAUAAUCAAGGGUCCGAAUAAUCGAGAAUGUAAAUAUUAGAAGGAACAAAAUCUAAUUAAAUUAAGAAAGCGACCUUUCAUCGUGAAACAAAACAUUUACAAAUCAAUGAAACAGUCUGUUUUUGACUUUGUGGAAAAACCAAACCCGCAUUCACGAUAUGUAUAUUCGGUAGACUUUACACAACGAGCAAGAAAAAACGUAUUUGCAGAAGUCAACCAACUCAAUACAAUGGUUCACAGAGGUGCACUUGCUUAAGUCAUGACUACUUUUAUUCAAUUGCCUCCCAGCCUUGGAAAUGACCCAAAUGGCUCUUUUAAAAAAAGCCUCAGGGUAAACAAAUUGUCACAUAGCUAAACGGCUUAAGAUAGUGGAAGCUAUGGUCAAAGUCAAACGAAAAUAAGUCUCUUCAUGCGGGAAUUCAUGGUGUUGCCACCAAAGUUAUUGCGCGUUUCUUUUAACGUUAGUCAUUUUCUUUUUAGUCUCUGUCGCUUUUUUAUUAAGUUAUUUUGUUCUCCCAGAAGUUGCUUUCAUUAAUACUCUGUUACCUUUGUUUUGAAUAAUUUUUCUUUGUUUGUGUCAUUCAACAUUUCGACCGCUUCAAAUGUUGAUUUCGCUUCAAUAGCAUGAGGAGCUUGGCCCCGAAAAAAAUCCGCAGCAUGCAUUCUACGGAGAACUCUCCUAGAAAGAGAAAUUCAAAUACCACCGAACAAUGAGAGUUUUGUUAUCUCGCCAGGAGUUCAAAGGUUCGAAACUGUUGUCUCCUAGAGACAAAAGGAGUGUUCACCUACGCACGUAAAUUCUGAGAAAAACGCAACAAGAAAGACAAGGAUCCAGAAAUAGUUUUUAGGCAAAUUAGACGACUAGUAAUAUUUACUCAGCUGUAGGGCUGAUAAUGCAUUAGCAGCCCGCUGUCAGUCUUUUCCGGCCCGCUGAACGUGUGUUUUGAAGAGGCCGAUUUUCUAUUUGGCCGCGUAUAUUGAUAAUAAUAUAGGUUAAAGAUUCACCUAAUUAUUAAUACUGCAUCUAUGCUCGACAAUUACGAAAACACAAGAAAUCUGGCAUUAAAAUCACUUGGCGCGAUCUUAUCAUGGAGGCUGAAGGCUUCGAUCGAUCGGCUGAGCUUUCUAUAGUUACGGGAUCCAAUCUCGACCCCAAAAAGUCCUGGUAUAUGCUAACGAAAAGUUAAUGUGAAAUCAGGCCGAAAGCUUUUGCAAAGAACGAAUUGUUUCGUCGAUUCCGCGAUGACUACAAUACGUUCUGUCCCGCCAGCAGGUCUCGAGCGCGCCAACAAAGGCUGUUCGUUCAACGCCAGGUAACCAAAUAACAUGCAUGUUAUAUCUUCAAUUGGUCUCUGUGCCGGAUUAAUUAGACAGGGAGAAAUCCAGCAGAUGGAUUCGCAAGGUCUCAAAAUAUAAUCUUGUUGUUGAUGCGGUAAAUCAAAUCGCCCUCGACCGUUCACUUUAAUGCCUCCAGUCGAAAUAUCAUGGGAAAUUGCAAUGAUGUCAGUCAAGAAUAGCCGAGCUUGACAAAGACAUUCGGGAACUACUAAACGAUAAUAAUUAUAUAAGUUAAUGGUGGAUGCCUCAACUUUCAGUCAAAAGAAAGAGUCCAGACAAAGAGCGGUCUCCUGAUAUAAAUAAGUGUGAAUUCAAUUUUUCGUGCCCUCUUGGGUAGUCUAUACCUGAGGAUUACCUUUAAUCUCUUGCGUACCCUCUUGGGUAGUGUAUACCUGAGGGUUAUUUUUAAUCUCUUCUAUACCCUCUUCGGUAGUGUAUACCUGAGGGUUAUUUUUAAUCUCUUCUAUACCCUCUUGGGUAGUGUAUACCUGAGGGUUAUUUUUAAUCUCUUCUAUACCCUCUUGGGUAGUGUAUACCUGAGGGUUAUUUUUAAUCUCUUCUAUACCCUCUUGGGUAGUGUAUACCUGAGGGUUAGUUUUAAUCUCUUCUAUACCCUCUUGGGUAGUGUUUACCUGAGGGCUAUUUUUAAUCACCUCUAUACCCUCUUGGGUAGUGUAUACCUGAGGGUUAUUUUUAAUCUCUUGCAUACCCUCUUGGGUAGUGUAUACCUGAGGGUUAGUUUUAAUCUCUUCUAUACCCUCUUGGGUAGCGUAUACCUGAGGGUUAGUUUUUUUCGUGCCCUCUUGGGUAGUGUAUACAAGGGUUAUUUAAAUCUCUUGCAUACUCUCUUGGGUAGUGUAUACCUGAGGAUUGACUUUUAAUAUCUUCUAUGCCCUCUUGGGUAGUGUAUACCUGAGGGUUAUUUUAAUCUCUUGCAUACCCUCUUGGGUAGUGUAUACCUGAGGGUUAUUUUUAAUCUAUUCUAUACCCUCUUGGGCAGCGUAUACCUGAGGGUUAGUUUUAAUCUCUUCUAUACCCUCUUGGGUAGUGUAUACCUGAGGGCUAUUUUUAAUCUGAGGGUUAUUUUAAUCUCUUGCAUACCCUCUUGGGUAGUGUAUACCUGAGGGGUAUUUUUAAUCUCUUCUAUACCCUCUUGGGUAGUGUAUACCUGAGGGUUAGUUUUAAUCUCUUAUAUACCUUCUGAGGGUUAUUUUUAAUCUCUUGCAUACCCUCUUGGUUAGUGUAUACCUGAGGGUAAUUCUUAAUCUCUCCUAUACCCUCCUGGGUAGUGUAUACCUGAGGGUAAUUUUUAAUCUCUUUUAUACCCUGUUGGGUAGCGUAUACCUGAGGGUUAUUUUUAACCUUUUCUUAUCCCUCCUAACUCAGCAGUCGCGUAAGACGAUAUUCAUAUGUGUGAAUUUGUUCCCAAUGACCUAAAAUGCAAUAACGAUGUUUUAGACCAGCUUCUUCCCUGGUAUAGUCGAUUUUGAUAAGACUGAUGUCUUCGGAAAAGCUCAAAAUGCCGUUCCAAACUGAAACCUUCGCACAUAAAAGGUCAUUAUAAGAAUAACUGCAUUGCGCCGAAGCUUGAAGACCGAACGAGGAGACUAUCAGUUGGAAGCGAUGUGUAUUCUCUGGAUUAUCUAAUCAACACAGUUUCUGGACUUUAAAAGUUAAAAACCAUGACCUGUAUAAAGAAGGGUUUGUCGGAAUUAACCUUACGUAGGCCUAGGUCUUCGAUAAUGGAGGUGAAAUCAGCUUUACCGGUGCCGCUUUUUAGGCAAUUUUUGAGUCCCUUCGUUUUACGUGUUUUAAAUUGUUCUUGUUAUAUGUUUCUGUAACAUUUGGUCAGGAAUAUUCGUGGACCUUGUGUUAACGAUUUACUGUUGUCUUCUUUAAGACAUGCAUUGUCUUUACAGA